AUGUGUCCUCCAGAGGUGCGGGUGGCAUCUCCCAACUUCCCCCUGCUGUUUGCUCUGUUCCUAUAUCUCAGGAAGCAGGCGAGGCAGCUGGAGAACGAGCUGGACCUGAAGCUGGUCUCCUUCAGCAAGCUCUGCACCAGCUACAGCGGCACCCGAGACGGAAGGCGCGACAGCUCUGACACAACUCCUCUCUUAAAUGGAUCGAGCCAGGACAGAAUGUUUGAGACCAUGGCUGUGGAGAUUGAACAACUUCUGGGAAAGCUUACUGGAAUAAAUGACAAAAUGGCAGAAUACACAAACAGCGCAGGAGUCCCGUCCCUGAAUGCUGCGCUGAUGCAUACGUUACAGCGUCAUAGGGACAUAUUGCAGGAUUAUACGCACGAAUUCCACAAAACCAAAGCGAACUUCUUGGCAAUACGAGAGAGGGAGAAUCUGUUGGGAUCAGUACGAAAAGAUAUUGAAUCAUAUAAAAGUGGGUCUGGCGUGAAUAACAGAAGAACAGAACUAUUCCUGAAGGAACACGAACACCUUCGAAACUCAGAUCGACUGAUAGAAGAAACAAUAAGCAUUGCCAUGGCAACGAAAGAAAAUAUGACUUCGCAGAGAGGGAUGUUGAAGUCAAUACAAAGCAAGAUGAAUACCUUGGCUAAUCGGUUUCCAGCAGUUAACAGCCUGAUUCAAAGGAUCAACCUUCGGAAACGACGAGAUUCCCUCAUCUUGGGUGGCAUUAUCGGCGUCUGUACCAUCUUACUGCUCCUAUAUGCUUUUCAUUGA